GUGUACAGUACCCAGAAAGCAAAAGAAAAUACUUUUUUUCUCGUUUCCUUUGUUUUCUUCUUGUAUAUAAAAUCAUUCUUUCUUGUGAUUGUAAAUUGGCUAGGGUUUCUUCAAGCAACCUCAGAUUCCAAUCACUCUUAUCAUUUUAGGGUGUUCUUCAUUCGAUUAACAGUGAAUCGCUAAUAAUUUUUACAAAUCUAUUUCAGAAUUGAUUGAUUGAAUUUGAUUUUGGUGAGGGUGGAAUUAGGGUUUGUUGUUUGAAAGGGGAUUAUUUGAAAGGAAAUGUCUGCAGGGGUCUGUGGGAAACGUUUAGGGUUCGAAGAAAUCUUCGGAUCUUCAUCAUCACCUUCUAAUAAGAGAUCAAGAAGGUAUUCACCUGUUCGUGAUUUUGGGUUUGGUUCUUCUUCUGAAGAUAAGAUUUCAAUCUUACUCCGUAUGUUCCCUUCUAUGGAUCGUGAGUUGGUGGAAAGUGUUCUGAAUACACAUAAUCAUAAAAUUGAAGAUGCAAUUGAGAGUCUAAAUGCUCUGUGUAUUGGGGAUGUUUCUGCGAGAACUGAAUUACAAAGUCCCGAUUCAAUGAUGAACGCCAAUAGUCCUUCGGUUCAAGGUGCAGGGAGUAUUCAAGAAGCAGAGGAGAAGAUUGAAGAAUUGAAAGAAAAGGAUGCGGCUGCUGAAUCUAGAAAUCCCAUGGAUGGGGCUUCAUGGGUGGAUAUUUUUGUUCAAGAAAUGAUGAGCGCUUCAGACCUUGAUGAUGCUAGGAGACGUGCUGCAAGGAUGUUGAAAGCGUUUGAGAAGAGUGUUGCUGACAAUGCAAGAGCAUCACAUGAGCAAGAGAUUGCGGUAAUGAAAGAGCAUCUGCAGAACAUGUUACGAGACAAUCAGAUUCUUAAGAGAGCUGUUGCCAUACAGCAUGAACGUAAUUUAGAGCAUGAGGGUAAGGUGAGGGAAGUGGAGCAACUGAAGCAUGUGCUUGGCCAGUACCAUGAGCAAAUCAAAACAUUAGAGAUGAACAAUUACACACUGAAGGUCCAUUUGCAAAGGGCGCAAGGAAGUAGUUCCAUUCCGGGAAAUUUUCAUCCCGACAUAUUCUAAGGCUACCUUAGUUAAUUGUUAACAUUAUUGUUGUGCUCAGCUUGUUAUUCUUAUUUUUUUAGUUAUUAGGAUAAGUUAGCAAGUCACCAGUUCUUGCCUAAGGUUAGAUGGGAGCUAUGGGUUCUUCACAAACCGAUUGUCAACCCUUAGUGUGUCCAAUCUUGAACAAUAUAGUGACGAUUUAUUGGGUCGAGUGGCUGACCAGUCGUCUUAUGUAACCACAUAGCUUUGAUUUUUUCCAUUUUUAUUUAUUUGUCAGGCCUUGGUAUCAAGAGAAUGUAUGUAGCUCUAAAAGUUACUGUGAUAAUUUAAACAGUUUAUGUAUAAUAAGGUGUUCGGGAGCAAAUUGAAGACACAGUCAAUUGUUCCGAAAUUGAUAA